CGUCCCUUCCGUGCCGGACGCUGGGUGCAGCAUGUUGCUACGUUAGCAAAAAUAGAGACACGUAUGAUGGAUACGUAGAGGAAUAAACAUAUCUGCUUAUUAUUUUAUCCAACCGGCGACUUCAUAGUUUACGUUACUGCCGAGCAGACAUCCACGAUUAGCCCAGAAACAUCAGCAAAACAGACAUGAGUUCAUGGUCACACGUCUUCCAUUUUGGUAACAAAAAUGACUUUACCUUUUGUGCUGUUCCAAAGGAGAAAUCUGUCACAACUAAACAAGGCAAGCCUUUACCUAGAUAGCACCUGUUUUAACUCCGUAUAGAUGGAGGAUGCGGCGGACUCAGCUUCAAAGAUCGAGGGUACCAGGGCGUCCAUGUCCCUGUAUGGGGAUGAGAGACCUCUGUUUCACAGUAAUCAGAGACCACCAGGUCCAUCUGAGCCAUUUCUGGUGUCAGGAAGUUAUGUAAAAGUCCCUUACACUAUUAAUCGAUACCUACGAGACUACCAGCGAGAUGGCAUUAAAUUCAUCUAUCACAACUUUGCUAAAUCCAGAGGAUGCAUCUUGGGCGAUGACAUGGGGCUUGGAAAGACUGUUCAGGUUAUUGGCUUCCUAGCAGCAGUUUUACAGAAAACGGGCACAUGGGAAGAUGUCGAAAACAACAGGCCUCAGUUUUUGCAGUCACAAAAAUCCUCAAAACAGUCCAAAGUUCAAAAGGUUUUCCUCAUUGUGGCUCCACUCUCCGUCUUAUAUAACUGGAAAGAUGAGCUAGACACUUGGGGUCAUUUCAGAGUCGUAGUUGUCCAUGGUUUUAGGAAGGAGGAAGAGCUGGCGCGUGUUCAAAGAGGAAGAUGCGAGAUUGCUCUUACCACUUAUGAAACAUUCAGGCUCUGUCUGGAACAGUUCAACAGUAUUGAUUGGAGUGCUGUCAUUGUGGAUGAAGCUCACAAAAUAAAGAAUCACAAGUCCCAAAUCACUCAGGCCAUGAAGGGGAUGAGAUGUAAAGUAAGGGUUGGCCUGACAGGAACGGUUCUUCAGAACAACCUGGAGGAGCUGUGGUGUGUUAUGGACUGGGCCAUCCCUGGAUGCCUAGGCUCUUUGGCGGGCUUUAAAAACAGAUUUUCUGACCCCAUCGAGCAGGGUCAGAAACACACUGUGACAAAACGAGCUCUUGCUGAAGGUCGCAAGGCAGUUCAGGACCUGGCCAAAAAGCUCUCGCGUUGGUUCCUCAGGAGAACAAAAGCACUCAUCAGUGACCAGCUACCUAAAAAAGACGAUAGAGUGGUGUAUUGCUCGCUCACAGACUUCCAGCAGACCGUUUACAAAGCUGUGCUUGACACAGAUGAUGUGAUCUUGAUGUUACAAAGCUCAAGAAGGUGCCACUGUGGCAGUGGGCGUCCACGAAAGAAAUGCUGCUACAAAGUAAACGCAGACGGCGUGCCUGUCAGACACCUCUACUUUAGUUAUCUUGCAAUACUUAGGAAGGUAGCCAAUCACGUCGCUCUACUGCAGUCCAAAGAAGGAACCAGCAAAAAGCAGGAGAAAUAUGUGACUGCCAUUUGCAAUCAAGUUUUUAAGAAAUUUCCAGAUUUCACAGAGAGGUGCAAACAGGCCGCAUUUGAAGCAAUGUCAGAUCCGAUGUACAGUGGAAAAAUGAAGGUUCUGCAAAAGCUACUAAAUCACUACAUGGUGAAGAAUGCCAAGGUUCUACUCUUCUCUCUGUCCACCAAGCUGCUAGAUGUUCUUGAGAGCUACUGUAUGGCUGAGGGUCUGGAGUACCGCAGGUUGGAUGGAAACACCAAGUCUAAGGACAGAGUGAAGAUAGUGAAGGACUUCAACAGCUCUCGGGACAUCAACCUGUGUUUGGUGUCUACCCUGGCUGGUGGGCUUGGUCUCAACUUCACCGGAGCCAAUGUUGUUGUGCUCUUUGAUCCAACUUGGAAUCCUGCUAAUGAUCUUCAGGCUAUUGACAGGGCGUAUCGCAUAGGCCAGUGCAGGGAUGUGACGGUUUUUAGACUCAUCUCUUUGGGAACAGUUGAGGAGAUCAUAUACCUGCGGCAGAUUUACAAACAGCAACUUCAGACAUCAGUAAUGGGGUGUGAAAAUGCGCGGCGGUACUUUGAUGCUGUUCAGGGAACAGACGGCCAGAGCGGAGAGUUGUUUGGCAUCCGAAACCUGUUUCGUCUUCAGACUGAUGGCACCUGCCUAACCCAACGCAUCCUGAAGAGGGAGGGCAAAGUGGAGGUGGGGAUCAUGACGGCCAAAACACAAGCUAUGGGCGAGAGGAUGCAAGAUGCCGAUCCAAAGUCAGCAGAGACCUCUGCUGAGCGAGCAGGAGGGUCAGCAGUCACCGGGUUCAAACCUGCUGAGGUUUUGGACUUCAGCAGUGCGAGUGAGGAUGAAGAUCCCUGCUGUUCCAAGCAAAGGUCCUCAAACCCACACACAGGAGAGGAGAUGGGUGGUGCUUGUAUUGACAAUUUAGGCCUUUACCGUCUGCUUCAGCAACAAAUAGCUCAGAGAGAGCAGCAGGGAACAGACAGCAGUGAAGAAGAUUUUAGCAACCAAAGUCAAGAUGAAGAGAACCAGGAGAAGACCAGCUGGGAUCCAUCCAGUCAAUCAGAGGAGGAGAUGGAUGGAGUUCCCGCUGGAAAACAUCAUGAGCAUACAAAAUCAGAGCAUACAGAGUCAAGAUUACACAAACACAAGAAUGAAGAGAUGAAUUCUGUCAAGAGUUGUUUUCAAAACAGGAUCAAGUUUACAGGAAAAAAGUCUGAAGACGAUAUUAAAAGUGAUACUGAAUCUUUAGAGGAUGAAGUUUGUCAAGGAAGAGUUAAAGGUAUGAAGGGUUUAUCUCCCCAGGUGAAUCAGUCAGUCUGCAGGUUGCCUUCUAAGAGGCAAAAUGGUGCCCAAAGAUCUGUUAGCUUUACAGGCUUAAAGACCCAAAACGCAGAACAGACACCUGGAUCUGACAGGACCCAUAGCAGAGAUGAAGGGCACACUGGAACAAUUGAUUUAUUAUUAGGUGGACUUCAGCAUGUGAGUUACACUCACUCUAAUCAGAAGAUUGUGGGUUCAAGCAGAGCAGAAGACCGCCUGAGCCGCGCUGCAGUACGAGAUGUGUUUGAACUUAAACAACACUCGCAGUUUCCUGCAAACCAACUCCUGGAUUCCUCAGAGACUCCCAGCCAGUCAUGUGAGUCCGCACUCUCAGAUCACAGUACUGAAAGACAGGCUCAGCCGGCAUGUGCCCAAUCCCACCCAAAGCACCCGGUCACUCACUUCACCAAAACCUCUCACCGCCAGAAAAAUCUCACUCUCAUUGUGGGCGAGACGCCCAGUAGCAUCUGCAGGAAGCAGCUGGAGGACAUGGCUCAGUUCUUCGGAGCCGACUCUGUGCAGGACUUUGCAGAAGAGAUUUUGAAGAGCGAAUCGGAACAGAGGCUAAGCCGAUUAGGGAGCUUCUACAGCCAUAAGAGCCCUGAACUUAAGGACAUCAUCAAAAAGACCUUUUCUAAACCCAACACUGAGCCAGAGCCACCCACAUCACCACCUUCAACGUCCGGUACAGCCAGACAAAGAACUACCUCAAAAAGAACCCUCCCUCAAGUUGAGGUACCAACCCAUGAAGUUCACGAUCAAAGAGAAGAAACAUCAAAAGAAAAGAGAAUGGGUGGUACAGAAACCUCUGAGGUUCACCAUCAUCGCAGUACAGACCUCACUAAUAAAAAAAUUAAGAGAUCAUCUUCCACAAAUGACUCGGACCAGAUCAUAAGCAGAUCGAGGUUCUCCUCAACAAGUUCUGGGUAUCUUCAGAGGAACCAAACUAAUGGUGCAAGCUCCUCAUCAGUCAGACCUUCACGCUCGUCCUCUGACUCCAUCGCUGACCUUAUAGGUGAUACAUCCAUUCUCAGUGACUUAUUCAAAUCCAAAAAGAAACCCGUAGACCGGCCAAAGGAAGCAACAGCUACAUUCACAGAAAAGGCAAAGAGUCGAGGAAAGGACUUCUGGGACAUUUUGAAUGAGGGAAAUGAGGAGAGCAUUAAUAAACUUACGGAUCUGUCCGAGGUAGAGAAGAUCUGUAAUACUGCCAGUGUCCCUGCGAGGUCAAAGAGUAUUGAUAAAAGUGAAAGCUCUCAACUUUGGAAAAAGAAUGAAAAAUUCCUCUGGAAAAUGUAGUUACUGUGAAAAUUCCUGGUUCAUUUCAACUUUCCUGACUAGAGAGGAGUUGCUAUAAAUUAUAAAAAUAAAGUUGUAUUAGCUUAACUUUAUUUUUUUAUCAUUUAUAGCAACUGUCCACUCCACUAGUCAAGAAAGUUGAAAUAAAUAAUGAAUUUUCAAUUUAUUAAACUUUUUUUUAAGGAUUUUUUUUAUUGUAGAAAGUUUUAGUUCUUUGUUUUUUUUUGUCCGUUUGGAAAAUGAAUGUGAGAACAAAGUACAAACUGUUUUAUAGUUAUAGUAUUGAAAGACAUUUUUAAAUACAUUUGUUUUUAUUUAUCAAGGUGUAUUAUUAUUUACACAUCCUAAUGCUUAAAGUUCCUAAAUUGUAAUUUUUGGCCGGAUUAGGUCAACCGGCAGUUUACCUGUAUGUAAACAUCAUAGUGUUUCUUAUUGAUAUGAUCAAUGCUCAUGUUUAAGAAUGACACUAAGGUGAUCCCGUAUAAAGAAAACUCAGACCUCCAAGUCAUUCAAAGAAGAAAUAAACAUCCAUCUAAGUGAA